CCUAAGACCAGAGGAGAAGAAGCUCUUUCACCGUUUCUCCCUCGUCUUGGAUGUUGUGAGAUUCUUCUCUCUGACUCAAAUCCAGAGCUCGUUUAGGAUUAAAAAAAAAAUGAAGCCAGUGAUAGGCACGGUGGUGUCGAACAAAAUGCAGAAGUCGGUGGUUGUAGCCGUCGAUAGACUAUUCCACAACAGGCUUUACAAUCGCUAUGUCAAACGCACUUCCAAGUUCAUGGCUCACGAUGAAAAGGACUCCUGUAACAUCGGCGAUCGUGUGAAAUUGGAUCCUUCAAGGCCUUUGAGCAAGCAUAAGCAUUGGAUUGUUUCAGAAAUCAUAAAGAAAGCACGCAUUUAUUCUCCACAGGCUGCUGCUGCUGCUGCUCUCAACUCCUCCUCCUCCUCCUCCACUGCUGAGCAGUCCCCUGUUUCGUCUUCCUAAGUUUUGCAGUCCAGGCGCAAACUCAACUCACUCAGGGUCGAGAAUUGUGUUUAGCAGACGUAGCAGCAGCCAUCAACAGGGGAUGUGGUAACUGAGAACAUAAUUAUCUCGCUGUAGUGUAGGUGCUUUUUGGUGAUGUUGAUCAGAUGGUGAAAUCCUGAUUAGUUGUAUAAUUGAUGAAUCUGAAGUUAAUCUAUUGAAAGUUAUGAAUA